UCUCUGGGUUUUUUUUAACCAGGAAUGGUGAUUUAUAUUUGAUUCAUUUUCGCCUAACCAUUGUGAUUUGGCAUUCUUUCUUUUUUUUUGCUUUGUGUGUUGAUUCAUUAUAGCUGAAUUGUAAUUCUCAUCCUGAAGUUAUGAUGUUAUGAACACCUUGUUAUGAAAUCGUGAUGCACAGUGUGUGAUGCUUCAACUUGUUAACCUGCAUUUUAUGAAUGAACCAACUUGAAUCAUCAUCUAUUUUAAGUGGGGGUUACUUUUUUUAAUUAUUUCGGAAUUGCUGUUCUGCUGUUUUUGAUUUGAUGCUGGAACCAUGUUUUUGUAAGUGAAUCUAGCAACUUCCCUCUCCAUCCCUCUUACCCUUGCAGAAUUUAUUACACUUCUCUUUGUUUUAUCCUAACUCAAGUCCUGUUUGAUUAAUUUCCCCAAAGAAUUACAAGAGAAGAAAAUAAUAUCAAAUGAAUCGAGUGCUUGUACGAGUUAAAGUUAACUUAUGUACUUCAUCUCCUACAGAAGUUCUCGUAAUUGAUGAAAAAUAUUAGGUGUUCAGAGUUAAUUUAACUUGUAUCGUUGAAUAAUUCUGGUGAGGGCAUCAAUCUCAUAAUAUGAGCAUGGCUCAGACUGUGGAGGUUAUAAAAGGUGGAGGAGGAUCCAUCAAGCUUGGCACCACUGGAACAAUCAGCUCCUUGAUGACAAGGGAAUUGGAUCACGUUCCUUCUGCCCCAAAGAAGCUGGUAUCUUCAACAAGGACUAAAACUCAAACACUUCCUGUUUCAGUUCCCUGUGGCAGUGCAACCCAAAAAAGACUACAACCAAGAAAAUCAUCGGUUGAAGCCAGUAGCAGUGGAAGCAGUAGAAACACAAACCGUAGAGGCCCUGGCAAUGGCAUGCCCCAGAAAACAAAAACAAAAACAAAUGGCAGAAAUACACAGACAAUACCCAUGCUAGGUUCUGAUAAAUGUUCAUUGAGCAGAACUCCAGUGAGGGAGAAAAAUGAUAAGAAAAUACCUAACAUUGUUGAAGUUGUGGACAUAAGAUGUGGGAGUGCAGAAAAGGCUUGGGCUACACCCUUAGCAAGUCGUCUAAAGAAGCUUGGGUUUUCAAAGCUAUCCGAGAGCAUAAUCUAAACCUGGAAUUUUUUUGUGUCAGACUUCAGAUUCCUGUAACCGAAAGCUGAGGUCCCAUUUGGCCUACCAUUGUCUGAUACAUCAACCACAGAACACAUACUUGGUAAAAGCCUGCUGCUACUCACUCGCUUUUUCUUUGUAAUUUCUUCUACUGUAGAUGCAAUUGUGGUUCUAGAACUUGUACUACUAACGGAGGAACCCACCUCUGUGAUUUGAGACUUGUUCCUUUGUGAAUUUGAAUCAAUCCUGCUGAAGUACUCGAUUUCUUGCAUUAUGAGGGAUGCUACUGUGCCUCGGGUUCCUAUUUCCACUGGGGGAAAUCCAGCCAUAUUUUUUGAGUCAAAGGAAGUGGCUUUAUGCAUGCUAUGUUUGGUUUGUGUUGGGGAGAAAGCAUGAUCUUUUGAUUUAUGCAGGGUUGUUUGUGAUUUUGUUCUAGUGGGAAAACUGCAGAGACUCUGAGGCAUUUCUUGUGUUGCAGGAGAUGUGGUUUCACAAGAAUGCUUCACUUUAUGUUGUGUAUCUGAAAUGCAUGGCACAGGUCUGUGAGAUGUGAAACUGCAUUCAUGUGGUUGCAGUUAUAACAGUGUAGUUCCUAACUACUAUACCACCUUUUUAAGUUUCAUCAUGUUCCUAAGUACAUGGUAGGAUCUGAUGGGAUUCAUGUGAAAGAUAAAAGUAGCAGCUAGGUGGGAUAGUAGGAUCACAUCCAUAGGCUACCUAAAUCAGGAAAGCAAAAUCACUUUGUCACACACAAUCACAUACAUAGACUCAAAAGUCUUGUGAUUUGAAUACAACCUAGAAAGAAAACCAGGAUGCAAGAUUCAUGUAUCUUGACAAAUUUUUCUGUUUUGCAACUGUAGUAUUAUAGUAUGUUAUCCAUUUUAAUUGUUCUUGGUAUUAUAGAAUCCAUUUCUUGGAUCUGUUCUACUUA